AUUGUCGGAACUUUGUUGUACGUCCUCAGCUAGGCUGUGAAAAUACGCUAUUCCGAUGGCAGAGGAAGCGAUUUUUGAAUUCUUGCAUUCGGAAAUAGUAAACUAUACGCUAACGAAAGAAAACAGCAAGGAAAAUGAUCUUUCUACGCUAGAAUACAUUGGAUUUACUACCGGGUAUAGAAUAAUUGAACGGCUAACCCGCGAAUGGCCACGGUUCAAGGAUGAACUGGAUACGAUGAAGUUUAUUUGUACCGAUUUUUGGAGUUCUAUCUACCGGAAACAGAUCGACAACUUGCGUACUAAUCAUCAGGGGGUGUAUGUGCUGCAGGACAAUGCUUUUCGUUUUCUCACUCGACUCUCGUCUGGUUCACAGUAUCUAGAACAUGCUCCAAAGUUCGUUGCGUUCACCUGCGGUCUAGUGCGGGGUGGUUUGGCCAAUCUGGGCAUUACAAGCACGGUCACGGCGGAAGUACAGACCAUGCCUUCGUGUAAAUUUCACAUCCAAGUUAAUCGGACAUAAGACGGGCGAAAACGUUGAUUUAUUCCCGAUAUUCCUCUAUUGCAAAUGAAAUAAAACAACAAGUGCAAUGUCACUGA